AAACGUAGCGCACCACUGCGACUCCAUAUUGACUAUUGGGAGCGCGCUAGUUAGCGCGGUCACGGGAGUGUCACGAGGAAGUUCGACUUGCUGUGCAAUGACGUCGCUUCAUCCUUGCCUGGGCUUUCUUGCAGCCCGGGGAUCACACUGCCCAAACCCAAUGUCGACCAGGAGCCAGCCUGAUCCAUCCCAAGGAGGCGCGCAGCCCAUAUACUUGAUUGUAUGGCAGUCUCUCGAACUCUUGCUCAUCUUCUUGCUCUUCAGCGUCCUUUCUAGCCCUCGCACACUUUGCUCACAUCUGCAACGAACGGUACAACGGAAGUUUCUCCGUAUGAAUCAUUCCAAUGAGCGACUUCGACGCCAAUAAAUAGUAAACAUUCAAUCCUCCCUACUCCCAUCAACCUUCGUCAUCAUGAUUUACUCCUGGCAGUAGAGGCGACCGUAGGCGUCCUCGGCGCAAGCUAGGACUCCCGUUAGCACAGGGCGCAGACGUUGAAACUGAGACUCGACUCACU